AGCGGAGCCUCGGCCGGGCCAGCUCCGGCGGGCGCGCGAGCGCAGCGCAGCCCCAUCCGCCCGCAGAAGGGACCGAGCCGGACGCGGAGCUCUGCCGCGAGAGGCGGGCGAGCCGGGCAGGUGCCGCGGGCCGCGCCAUGGACGGGCUGCGCCUGCUGCUGCUGAUGUUCCUGGGGGUGUCUCUCGGAGGUGCCAAGGAGGCAUGUCUGUCCGGCCUGUACACCCACAGCGGGGAGUGCUGCAAGACCUGCAACCUGGGUGAGGGCGUGGCCCAGCCCUGCGGAGCUAACCAGACUGUGUGUGAGCCCUGCUUGGACAGCGUGACAUUCUCCGACGUGGUGAGCGCCACCGAGCCGUGCAAGCCGUGCACCGAGUGCGUGGGCCUGCAGAGCAUGUCGGCGCCGUGCGUGGAGGCGGACGAUGCCGUGUGCCGCUGCGCCUACGGCUACUACCAGGACGAGGCGACCGGCCGCUGCGAGGCGUGCAGUGUGUGUGAGAGGGGCUCAGGCCUCGUGUACUCGUGCCAGGACAAGCAGAACACCGUGUGUGAGGAGUGCCCCGACGGCACCUACUCUGAUGAGGCCAACCACGUGGACCCGUGCCUGCCGUGCACGGUGUGUGAAGACACAGAGCGCCAGCUGCGCGAGUGCACGCGCUGGGCGGAUGCAGAGUGUGAGGAGAUCCCUGGCCGCUGGAUCACGCGGUCCACACCCCCAGAGGGUGCAGACAGUAUGGCACCCAGCACCCAGGAGCCUGAGGAGCAGGAACAGGACCUCGUGGCCAGCACCGUGGCAGAUGUGGUGACCACUGUGAUGGGCAGCUCCCAGCCUGUAGUGACCCGAGGCACCGCCGACAACCUCAUCCCCAUCUACUGCUCCAUCCUGGCUGCCGUGGUUGUAGGCCUUGUGGCCUACAUCGUGUUCAAGAGGUGGAACAGCUGCAAGCAGAAUAAGCAAGGAGCCAACAGCAGACCGGUGAACCAGACACCCCCACCUGAGGGCGAAAAACUGCACAGUGACAGCGGUAUCUCUGUGGACAGCCAGAGCCUGCAUGACCAGCAGCCCCACACGCAGACAGCCUCGGGCCAGGCUCUCAAGGGUGAAGGUGGCCUCUAUAGCAGUUUGCCCCCAGCCAAGAGGGAGGAGGUGGAGAAGCUGCUGAACGGCUCGGCGGGGGACACCUGGCGGCACCUGGCCAGCGAGCUGGGCUACGAGCCCGAGCACAUAGACUCCUUCACCCAGGAGGCCUGCCCCACCCGCGCCCUGCUGGCCAGUUGGGCUGCCCAGGACAGCGCCACGCUCGACGCGCUCCUGGCCGCCCUGCGCCGCAUCCAGCGAGCUGACAUCGUGGAGAGCCUGUGCAGCGAGUCCACAGCCACAUCCCCCGUGUGAGCUGGCCAACCGCAGCCCCUACCCUGUCCCCGUGUUCUGAUGACCGAAGCUCCAGCCAACUCCUGAGGAGCCCACGUUCCUUGGAGUGGGCCGGCCCGGCAGAGCUGAGCUCCCCUGGGCAGGACCUCUGAGCCUGGGCCCCUACCACAGCCCCGCCACCCCUCCGAGUGGCCCCUCACUUCUGACCACAGUCCCUCUCCAGCCGGAGAAGUGGCCUGCCCCGUCCCCACCCUGCCUUCUUCUCCACCCACUGCUAGGGCAGCCCUUACCCCCUGAGCUAGGGGUGGCUGCCACCAGGGAUGGUAUGGAAAGUGCCGAGGCCCCAGAGACUCAGCAGGAGGUCCUGAGGAACCAGAGCCAUGGACUCUACACUGUGAACUUGGGGAGCAGAGCGAGGGGGCACUAUAGUAGCCUAAACCCUCCCUCAGCCCCUCACUUUCCCUGCUGGCCCAAGAUAAGAGAUCAGAGACCAGGCUGAGCUGUGAGUGGGGGUGGAAUCUUGUCCCCCUUCCUUUAGGACAGUGAGGCCCAGAAAGAGGCAGUGACCUCCCUCAUGCCACCUAGCCAUGGGGCCCUGCUGGCUGCCUGGCACUCUCCCCUCUGAAUGAGGGCCCCUGGCUCUGUGGAGUACUGGGGGAGGAGUUCAGGGGCCUUCAGGACAUGUCUUGGACUCAGGUCCCUCCCCUGCACCUAUCUAGGCCCCCGUGUACCCCUUUGGGGUGGGCUGCUUGCCCAAGGCCCAGCUCUCAGGUCUACAGGGAUUCAGGUUCAGGGUUUGUGGGAAGGGGUGCAACUGCCCUCUGCCUGUCCCCCUUGGGCUUUCCCCGCAGUCUGCUGGGGCCCCUUGCCCUGGCACAGACUGGAGCCAACACUGGCCCCUAGAAUCAGCCCUAGGGGUCAGAGACCCAGGGCCCCCACACGAACACACAGGAUGAGACGCGGCUCUUCUCCAAGAGCCCUCACUCUGGGGCUGAGGGCCGGUCCUGGCUGGGGCUGCUGGCAGUACAACGGGAGCUGAGCUCUGCUGGGCUGUCUCCGGCACCCCGGCCUUGGCCGGCCAAGGACUGCUGAGGCUGGAGCUGGCGUCAGCCCGUCUUCCAGGGGCCCAUGUGGAGGAAUGCUCCCCGCCCCUUCCCACAGUCGGGCCUUGGCUGAGCCCAGAGGUUGCUGUGAAGACAAGCAGGCCUGUGGUGUGGGAACCGAGCAAGAAGGAAUGAAGUGGGACUUGUCACCUCCAGGGCUCUCUCCCAAGCUCAGAGGACCCUGCGAAGGACUGUUCUCCUUGGUGUGGCCAGAAGGGGGCCGUGGGUCUUGGUGGCUUUUUGCCCCUUCCUGGCGGUGUUCUGUUUUGCUUGCUGUUGGAAUGAGUGUGCCCCCCUCCCCCAUUUAGCAUGAAGGAGCCCGGGCAGGGUGUGCAAGGUGUGCCGCCCCUCCCCCACCCAGGGCUCUCCCACGCCUGCAUUAGGGACUAGGAGCCUUGCACUAGGUGACUUCAGUCAGUGACAGGAGGAAGCACACCUGCUGUCCCCCCCCCCCCAAGCACCGAGGUCAUGGGACAGGCUGAGGGUAUUUAUUUUCCUGUCCCACCAUCGGGGAGGGGAUGAGGGGGCACAAGUGUGUUUUCGCAUGUGUUUGGUUCUGGGGCCCUGCCUACCUCCCCUGGGCUAUGAAGGAACUCUUUUGGCCCUGCAGCUGGAGCUGGGAGCCCCAGACCUCCUGUCACCGUCUCUGUCACCUCCCCCUGCAUCCUGUGUAAUCAUGUCUUGGGCCUUCACAUAGAACAUAAGUGAUGAACAUUAAAUA